CGUAACUGUGCAUUGAAAAGCAUCCGGUUGUAGGAAGAGAGGGGGCACAAUAUUUCGUUUAGCCACCAGCCGUUGAAGCUUGCCGGAUUUACGAGAUGGAAAGUGUCCUCGAACCUCUCAAGGAGUUUUCAAAGAACAGUGUGCGUCUUGUCAAGCGGUGUACGAAGCCUGACAGGAAAGAAUUCAACAAAAUCUGCCUACAGACCGCAUUGGGAUUCAUCGUCAUGGGCUUCAUUGGCUUCUUUGUGAAGCUGGUGUUCAUUCCCAUAAACCAGAUCAUUGUGGGCGGAAGCGCGGCCUCAUAGACUACCACUGACUGCAGAUCCUGAGGAUCUUGGGGCGGACUGAGCAAAGUGCUUGGAAAAUCUGUGGCGCUCCCACAGCAGCGUUCAGACCUCUGAAGUGUGUACCGGACGCCAAAGGCCUGUGCUGCUUUCCAUGAAGCACAUGGUUCCUCAAUAAAGAGUUGUAUGCCGUGCUUGGUGAGCUGGGCGCAGACAUAUUUGUGGUCUGCACAUCUUGGUUAUGCCGGCCUGCGCAUCCCAGAAGAUUGCUGCUGUGGUUGCUUUACAACUUCAGCAAAUUGUUCUGGGCUGAUUGGUUGCUGUCAUUCGUGACAUGCUGUCAUAUAUUCAGGAAUUCUAAAAACAAAGCAAUUCGUCAAGGGAGUCCCCCUGGGCAAGGGUUCCUUUUUUUUGAGGUCCGCAAAUCAACAUAAGAAGACAUCUGUAGAGUUGCUAGAGGGCAUGCUGAGAGAGUGCAAAGAAGCUGCAUCCAUGCUGCGCAAAGCCCAACUUGGUUGGAUUGAAUCCCGUUCUUAUCUUCUUAUCGAAAGCAGAGUCGGACUUGUGGAUGCGCAAAUACUCUUGAGGGCCAGCAUGGGCUGAAAGACUGCAGCUGCCAAUCAAUGGCAGAAUUCAUCGUGGCAAUGUGACAGCAGGGGUUGCAGACAAUCGUAAAGCACUCCAAAACAGUGGGUUUGCAACCAGGAGCUGGCAUGGGCUGUUGCUACUCCCUGGAUUCGCAGCCCUGGAUGCCCAGCAGCUCUGAGGUGUCAAAUCAAGCUGCAUGUAUUCAGCUACCACUCCCAAAUUUAACUGUACGAAUGAC